UUGCCCGCCCGCCGUGCACUCCCGAUUCCUUUCAGUUCUAAGUCCAAUAUGGCAGCUCUCAAGCAUCAGCUGAUUCAGAAUCUUCUUAAGGAAGAACAUGUCCCCCAGAAUAAGAUUACAGUGGUUGGUGUUGGUGCUGUUGGCAUGGGAAGCCCCAUCAGUAUCUUAAUGAAGGACUUGGCAGAUGAAAUUGCUCUUGUUGAUGUCAUAGAAGACAAACUGAAGGGAGAGAUGAUGGAUCUCCAACAUGGCAGCCUUUUCCUUAGAACACCCAAAAUCGUCUCUGGCAACGAUUAUAAUGUGACAGCAAACUCCAGGCUGGUUAUUAUCACCGCUGGGGCAUGCCAGCAAGAGGGAGAAAGCCGUCUUCAUGUGGUCCAGUGUAAUGUGAACGUCUUUAAAUUAACCAUUCCUAAUAUUGUAAAAUACAGCCCAAACUGCAAGUUGCUUGUUGUUUCCAAUCCAGUGGCUGUCUUGACCUAUGCGGCUUGGAAGAUAAGCAGCUUUCCCCAAAAUGUUAUUGGAAGCGGUUGCAAUUUGGAUUCAGCCCGGUUCCGUUACCUCAUGGGGGAAAGGCUGGGAGUUCACCCAUUAAGCUGUCGUGGGUGGAUCCUUGGGGAGCAUGGAGACUCUAGUAUGCCUAUAUGGAGUGGAGUGAAUGUUGCUGGUGUCUCCCUGAAGAAUCUGCACCCCGAAUUAGGCACUGAUGCAGAUAAGGAACAGUGGAAGGCAGUUCACAAACAGGUGGCUGACAGUGCUUUUGAGGUGAUCAGACUGAAAAGCUACCUACACAACCUGGCCCAUUGGACCGUCUGUGGCAGAUUUGGCAGAAAGUAUAAUGAAGAAUCUUAGGUGGGUACAUCUGAUUUCCACCACGAUGAAGGGUUUCUGUGGAAUAAAAGAGGACGUCUUCCUUAGUGUUCCUUGUAUCUUGGGACAGAAUGGAAUCUCAGACGUUGUGAAAGUGACUCUGACUCCCGAGGA